AUGACCUCAAGCAGCCCCAGGAUCGACCACCGAACGCCUCUGCUCUCCAGUGCUUCGUCAAUCAAGGACAGCGAAAUAAGCGAUGACAUCGAUAUCGAGGAUCCCACUCAGCUACACCAAGCAGUACCAUCUGUCGCCGAUGAUGUUCUUCCUGAAGAUGCUGUGCUGAGCCGCCAUCUCGGCUGGUAUAGCGCGUACAUCCUUAUCAUCUCGCGAGUUAUUAGAAGCGGCAUAUUCGCAACUCCCGGCUCAAUAGUCCGUUCAGUUGGCAGUAUCGGCCUGAGCCUCGUGCUCUGGAUUGCGGGUGCCAUCAUUGCUUGGUUUGGACUUAUGGUGACCCUGGAAUAUGGAUGCAUGCUGCCACGAUCUGGUGGCGAUAAAGUCUAUCUGGAGUUUACAUAUCGGAGACCCAGAUUCCUGGCAACGGUCCUGAUCACUAUAUCCUCUGUAAUGCUGGGCUUCACGGCCUCGAACUGCAUUGUGUUCGCUGAGUAUGUUCUGUUCGCAACAGGCCGAAGCGGGAUCACUGCGGAAAUCAAAGUUAUUGCUGCGGCACUUCUGGCAGGUAUAGUCAUAAUGCACAGCUGCUUUCUGAAGACCGGAAUCGUCGUGCAGAAUGCGCUAGGAUACAUCAAGAUCGGGACCAUCCUGUUCAUGAUCUGUGCGGGCCUUUUCGCAGCCCUUCUACACAGGAACAGCAUCUUGGAAAGCACAUCGAUGGCAAAUCACAGUGCAAAGACCACUGACCAGGGCCUAUGGUUUACCUUGUGGGACGGGUCGGUCUGGAACUGGGGCGUCAUCGCAACAUCAUUCUUCAAGGUCUUCUACUCAUAUGCUGGUCUGCACAACGUCAACAAUGUCAUGAAUGAGGUUAAGGAUCCUGUCCGAACGCUCAAGUCGUCGACACAGGCGGCUUUGCUAACAACAUGCGUCCUUUAUGCUUUCAUCAACAUAGCUUACUUUAUGGUUGUGCCACUCGAUCGGAUCAAGGAGUCUGGCGAGCUGAUCGCGGCACUGUUCUUUGAACAGCUCUUUGGACCACAUCUUGGCAGGAUCAUACUUCCACUCGCAGUUGCUUUGUCCGCCGCUGGUAAUGUUAUGGUGGUCACGUUCAGUCAUGCACGUAUGAUACAAGAGAUUGCUCGACAGGGCUUCCUACCCUUUCAAGCAACCCUAGCCUCCAUCAAGCCGUUCAAUGCGCCCAUGGGAGCGCUGAUCACGCACUUCAUCCCAUCUCUGCUGGUCAUCACUAUCCCGACUGGUGAUGUCUACUCGUUCAUCCUAGAAGUAGAAGGCUACCCAGCACAAUUCUUUACUCUAGCAAGCUCCUUUGGGCUCCUUUGGCUACGUGCGGAGAUGCCAGACCUUCGUCGGCCUUACCGUGCCUUCAUUCCGGCCGUCUGGCUACGCAUCGCACUCUCCUUUGCAUUGCUUGCUGCUCCAUUUGUCCCCCGAAGUGGCUCAACUUGGAGACAGCAUCUGUCGAGCGUUAGCUAUGCCUUUGUCGGCACUUCAAUCAUCACGUUCGCAGUGCUUUAUUGGUACAUUCGGACCGUCUUCCUGCCUCGAAGAAAUGGCUACAGGCUUGGAGAAGCGAAAGCUACGCUUAGCGAUGGUACUACAGUCACUAGGCUGACCAAAGUGAAGCUUGAUGUGUCUAUCAAUCAUGCCUCCAUGCUGCAGGCAGUAGAUCCCAACGAUGUCUGA